AUGCUACCUUAUUCAAUAAGUAUACAGUUGUAUUUUAAGUAUUUUUCUGUGUGGUAUCACAAAAAAAAUUUCCCAGGUGUGUCCACCAGUACUACCAAUCUGACCAGUACCACUAAGCCCACCACCACCACGACUUUGCCUGUCACCCGGGUGACUCAGCCCACCAAAACCAGCCAGCCAGCAAAUUCCACCACAGCUUCAUCAGUCACGUCAUCACAUUUCAAUAUUACAGUGGUGACCACUUCCAAGACUUCUUUCACUUCUGUAACAGCCACAUCAAAAUCUGAGACUGUCAUAAUCAAAACCUCCAGAUUUGAUGUGGGCAGUUUUGUAGGUGGCAUUGUGCUGACACUUGGAGCCCUAGUUAUCCUCUAUAUCGGGUGCAAAACGUAUCAUUCCAGAAGAGGCAUUCAGUACAGAACCAUUGACGAACAUGAUGCCAUCAUUUAA